AUGAUGAACCAGCCGCCCAUGGCAUACCACCACCCGCUCCAGCAGCAGCAGCAGCAGCAGCACGCGCAGCAACAGCAUCUCCAGCAGCAGCUUCACCAGCAGCAGCUCCAGGCGCAGCAGCUUCCCGUCUCCUCGUCGGUCGUCGGCCCCCACGCGUCUGCCGCCUACUUCCAGGCCUCCCAGCAGCACCAGCACCCGCAGCACCAGCAGCACCAGCAGCCCCUGCCUGGCUCUGCUCACCAUAUGCCGCCGUAUUACCAGAACCCAAGCGUCUAUCCUCAACCUCCCGCGUCCUUCCAACCGCAGCAGCAACCGCUGCAGCAUCCCCAGCUCCAUCAACACCUCCAGCAGCAGCAGCAGCAACAGCAACAACAACAACAGCAGCAGCAGCAGCAACAGCCGCAGCUUCAGCCGCAACAACAACCAGGGCAUCUUCCACAGCAGCCUCAGGUCGUCCCCCAGCACCUUAUUGCCGGAAGUGUAGCCCCCAUGAUGGCCUCUGCGGCUCCCAUCUCUCACGUUCCCUUUACCACUCAGCCAUUCACAAACUCGGUUAUACCCAGCUCUCUACCACAGUCGGCACAUCCUCAGCCUGUCGUGGACGAUAUAUCCACUCGUUCACCAUCUGCUGACCCUCAGGCUCAGGGCGGCAUGACGACGGCCAUGCCUUCGUCCAAGGCCAUAUACUCGACCCCCAACCGCCCCACAUCACAGGCACAGGCCCAGAUGCAGGCGCAAUCCCAGGCUUCACCCGUCUACCAGACACCCAGCAGCACCAUUUCACCACAAGCAGCUGCCCGCGAGCGAGCCCGGGUCACUAUUCUGCUGGACAUCAACUCGGCUCUGUUGCAGGAAGUGGUCAACUUGCAGGCAAAUGGCAAGGCCGGACCUGCUUCAAAUCAACCCAGUGCCACGGGCUCGCCGUCGUCGCCUCAGGAUACCCAAAAGCCAAGUAACGGGUCGGAUACCGCAAAGGCCGCUGCUCCCGCGGGGAAACCUACGCAGGAGUACGUCGAUUGCAUGCGCCGGCUCCAGGCAAAUCUCGCCUACCUCGCAACUGUGGCAGACCGCGCAAAGAAGACUGGUGCCACCGGCCCUCAGACUCCGGCCAUCAUGACACCCCCACCGCAUCUUCCCUCGGUCAACCAUCUUUACACUUCUCUCAAUGAGCUUUUCACCACCGCCACCACACCCGUUACCGUUGCUACUACGACUACUGUUUCUGUCCCGACGCCAAUGCCGCAAUCUGGCAUAGGUAGUCCAAUGACUCCCCAGCAGCAACAGCAACAUCAACAACAACAGCUCUAUCGACAACGCCAGGGCCAGGUGCAGAUGCAGAUGCAGAUGAUCCAACAACCGGACUUUUCAUACCCUGGAUCCGCAGCCGGAUGA